CUAACUUCAGCAAAUGGAUCAAAUUCAUGGAAUAAUUCUCUCACUUCAGGAUUUAUACAGCAAGAAGUCUCACAAACCGCGCAAAGUUUACUCAAUAAAUUAUGCGAACAACAAAAUUUAUCAAAAAUAGAGCUCAAGGAGAGUACAUGAGUCAAGAAAGAGCUUCUUAUAAUCAAGAAUACAUUGAAGGAGCUCCUUCAGCCAGAUCUGCUUAUCACUCCGAACAAAAGAUUCGAGAAUUGAAUUCUGAUCAUAUCAUUCCUGAGGAGCCAAUAAGCCACAAUAUCAGCUACGAUAACCUAUUCAAAAACUCUACAGAGCCUAUUCCAGAAGAGGUAGACCCAGUAACAAAAUUCUUAGCCAAGAUCGAAGCUGAUCUUCAGCAAGAAUCCACUGAAGAUAUUGCCAAACACAAAUAAAAAGCUCAAUAGUAAAUAAAAUUGGGGCUAUCGAACGAGUCAAAAGCAGACAAGAAGUCAUAAACAAGGAGCACUAUCAUGACUACUGAAAUGACUUUCCAGAGUAUUUCGAUGACCAGCAGCCAGGAGAAUAUCCGACUAAUUAUCACCACUCGAAGUUACUCCAGUAUACUAAACCUUCCAUCAUGGCAAUGCUCCAGAAGGAGCCUCCUAAACAAGAGCUUACUCAUAAGGAGAAAAGAGAUCUCCAGCUUUACAAGCUAAAAACUAUGAUCAAGUACAAAGAAGAAAUACAGCGGCUUAAAUAACCAAUCUGAAAGAGAACGAAGAAUCACUAGCAAGGCUAGCUCAAGGGCAUUAGACACGUUUAACAAAAGUUUGUAUCCUAAGGAUGCCAAAUCAGUCUCCCAAACUAGAGUUAAAAGCCACACAGCUGUGGGGUUUUACCAUAAAAAUAACACCAAGCCUUCAUCGAAGACCAGAUAUUCUCAGAAGCGAGAGAAAAUUAAAAUCAGCCAACUAAACACUCAUAUAUCUUUUAAAAGAAGGAACAAGGUCAGAUCUAGCCAAAUUAAUAAGCGUGAUAGAAUGAAUUUUAACAGUUACGACCAGAAUCAGCAAAUCUCAGAAGAUAAAGAGAGAACGUUCGGGUACUCAACGAACAAGUCUGACAAUUCACCUAAAUUUGCUCCUCAUACUCAAUUCGCACCAACAAGGUUCCGAAGACAGCCUCAAUUCAGGAUUUCAGUGCCUGUCUCAAAGCUAGAGCAAGAUAAAGAUGUCCUUAAAACAAUCCUGAAGGAAUCUCCUCAACUCAUUGAAUUCUUGUUGAAAAGUCAUCAAAAAGAUUCAGACUCCGAAGAAAAUGAACAGAUUACUAAAGCGUUGAAGAAAUUAUUUGAGGAGAAUCCUGAUCAAGAUUUGCCGAACAAAAAGGACAUCAUAAACUUGAUUAGCUCGAACGAGAAAUCAAGCAUCACUAUAUUUGACCCAUUCCUGAACAUUAAGAAAUCAGGCUCGACUAAUAACCCUAUUCACACUAGUAGGAGGACUGAGGAACUGAGGAAUAAUUUGGUCAGUGAAACCUACAAGAUUGUGCAUAACAUGCUCUCUGGGAAGAAACUGAGAGCUAAUAGGACUGACAGUCCUCAACUUUGCGAGAAAGUAUCAGAGAAGAUGCAACUAGAUAUCCCAUUUCUUAAGGAAUUCAUCAGAACUAUCACAUAUGAGCAAGACAUUCCAAAAGGGGAUGAAAAUAAAGAUGAGUCUAAUGGCAAAGAGACUAAACAAAAUGAAGAGUUUAGCACCAUACCUGCUGGUCAGAGUUUGGUUAAGCUCAAGCCAAACUACACUUCUAGUUCCUUCUACAGCCAUAAGCCUUUGGAUACGACUUCCAAAGUUGGAGCUAGUGACUAUAAUAAAGUUAAUAAUUUGGAUGAAACUAUCUCACUUAAAAAGCUAUCUGAUGUAAACAAAGAUAUCAGAAAUGUCUCAGAUGAAGUGACCAAAAUGAACUUACUCAGAGAAAAGAAGUCGACCAAACAAGUAGCCAACUCGCCUCUUAAGAUGAAUGAAACAAAUGAAUACAAAGAUGUGUCUUUCUCAGUGCCAAAGCUAGUCACAUACAAUAAUAGAAAGGCUGCUAAUAGAAAUUUCAAUCAAAAUACAAAGUUAGUAACGUCAAAUACACUCAGGAGUGUUUCCAAAACUUCAGAUAAACCGGUAUCUGCAAGGAACUACUCUGUCUUAAUCCCGCAGUCAGACAGUGGGUAUAUAUUAGGCUCCUAUCCUCAUGAUAAGAGCAAAGUGACGAAGAAAAAGAUCAACAAAUGUACUUUCAAGAAUUUUAGUAACUCAACAUCGAGGGUACCUAACAAACUAUCGCAACCCAAGAAAGCAAAGAUAAAUAAUUUUGCAAGGAUCAGUCUCUAUAAACAGAAAAAUAACAAGAAGAGUACUAAAAAUUCUGUGAGAGGAGUGAUGACUACCAACUCAAGCCAAGACUUUAAAUCAACCCAGCUUGCCCAUGUCAGAUCUCUCCAAAAGCAAAUGGAGAACCUUAAAGACCUCAACACAAGAGAGAACACGAUUCUAAGGUCUAGCUUAGAAAGUCUACUCCAAGGUCACCAAGACGUCCAAAACUCCACCACAAAACCCACCCAAACCGGCCUCUACAAGAACAAAUACAGUCCUAAAAACUCCACAACCAGUACCAAAAUGGCCAUUUCCGCGCCUAAAUCAAUCCAAAAUUCCUUACUAAGAAAAAUUCUUCCAAAGAAAUUCAAAGUUGAACGCAAGAACAUUUGAUCUAAAGUCUCUGUAUUCCCUCCUUCAUAAAUUUAUUUAAAAAUUAGAGCUUG